AUUAAAGGUGAAUGUUAUCCGCCACAACGUCGUUCAACUACUCUCAAAAAAUCCACAGAUUGUAAAUACUGCGAUUUGAAUUCUCAGUAUAUUGAAAUUCUUGAUACACGUCUCGACGAUUUUGAAGGCAUUUUUGAUCGAAUGGCUCAACAAAAUAAAGAGGAAGAAGUAAAAGUAAUGCCGGAUUUUUCGAGUUUG